UGCAGGCUCGCGGAUGCUCUUAUGUUUUAUGUUUGUUUUUGUUUUUUAAAUCGGAAUAUAAGCCAGGGCCAUCGGAGCCGCGUGUUUUGUUUUAACUACGUGCAUAUUUUAUGUGCAGCGCCUGCAGAAACCAAGGAUAUAUCGAUUUGUUUUGCAGGUAAAAGGAAAAAAAGUUUGAGCAUCAUUCAAAAUAAAAUGAAGAGACAGGCCGAGCGGGACUCGAGUCCGACAAGAGCGAUAGCGAAGCGUAUACGGGAGCGGGAUCGGGACCGCGACGGCAGCCGCCGGGAGGACGUCGUACCCCCGCCUCUCGCUGCAUUGCUGUCCGAAAGCCGAAAUUACCACAAGCACCAGGCUCGCAGCCGGAGCAGGGAGAGGGACAGACUCCGGCUGCGGGAGGAGCGCGGUGCGGCGGACUCUCUGCACCGGCAGCAUCACCGCGACCUCGGGCUCAGCAGCCGCCCUCCGCUGCGGACCACAGCGGUGCUUCCCAAAAGCAAAGCGGCCACCGAGCUGCUGACCGGCCGCGGAGGCGGCGGCGGGCUGGAAUAUAAGACUUUGCUCAUCAGCAACCUGGGUUCGCAGCUGUCAGACGAGCAAGUGGAGGACGGAUUGUUCCACGAGUUUAAAAAGUUCGGGGACGUGAGCGUGAAGCUCUCCCACACGCCGGAACUGGGUCGGGUCGCCUACGUGAAUUUCAGGCACCCGGACAACGCCAAGGAGGCCCGGCGUUCCAAGGCGAGGUUAGUGAUGUACGAUCGCCCGCUCAAAGUGGAGGCAGUGUACGUGCGACGGCGCAGCUGCACGCCGCCCGACGCGGGCUACGCGCCUUUGCACGGCCCUUACCCCUACAGACAGCGGUCCCUGUCUCCGGGGGCAAACAAAAUGCGCGACGCCAGAGCCCGGCAUUACGCCGCGGAGGGGCUGGGGUUGAGCCGGGACCGGGAGCGGGCGUUAGAUUAUUACAGCAUGCUGGAUGAAAGGGCGCGGGCGCUAGCGUACCAGCCGCCGGAGGAGGACUUAAUGCCGGAGGACGACCAAAGGGCCACCAGGAACUUAUUUAUUGGUAACCUGGACCACAACGUGUCGGAGGCGGAGCUCCGCAGGGGUUUUGACAAGUAUGGGAUUAUCGAAGAGGUGGUGAUCAAACGGCCAGCGCGAGGGCAGGGUGGUGCGUAUGCCUUCCUCAACUUCCAGAACCUGGACAUGGCGCACCGGGCCAAGGUGGCCAUGUCGGGCCGCGUGUUUGGUGGAAACCCGGUGAAGAUCGGCUACGGGAAGCCCAACCCGACCACGCGUCUGUGGGUGGGGGGCCUGGGGCCGGGGGCGUCGCUGGCAGCCCUGGCGAGGGAGUUCGACCGCUUCGGCAGCAUCCGCACCAUUGACUACGUGAAGGGCGACAGCUUUGCCUACAUCCAGUACGAGAGCCUGGACGCGGCACAGGCGGCGUGCGCACAGAUGCGGGGGUUUCCGCUGGGGGGUCCCGACCGCAGGCUGCGCGUCGACUUCGCCAAGGCGGAGGAGCCGCGCAGCUACACGCCGCAGUACGCGCCCCCGCCGCUGCCGCCGCACUACGACCUGCUGGCAGAUGGGUACGGCUGGCACCGCGGCCUGGCGCAGGAGCUGCGGGCGCGAGACCGCACCCCACCCCACGCCCUCUUCCCCGAGCGCGACAGGGACAGGCCUUUCCUGGACCGGGCCGACUGGGCCGGCGCCUCUGACGCGCUGGAGGCGUUCGGGCGGGGCCGGGCACGCAGCCGGAGCCGGGAGCGCUGGGACAGGGAGCGGGAGGCGGAGCGCGGGACGAGCAAGGGGUGGGAGGAGCGUCGCAAGCGCAGGAGCCUGUCCAGUGAGAGGGCGUGUGAGGACAGGGGACGGGGCAAAGCGCGGGCGCAGCCGCCUGAGGCCCCCGACCGCAGCCCCAACGAGCCGCCCGCCGAGCCCCCGGAGCCGCCCGCCGAGGACCGCGCCACGCCCGGCGGCCGGGACGAGCCCGAGCGGAACCACCGGCCCAGCGAGGCCGAGGCGGAGCAGCCCGACCCCAGGAAACCCGGCUCGCUGGCAGAGUUCGCGCAGACGUUGCCUGCCGCCUGGCACGGCAGCCUGGUGUUGAAGAACAGCAGCUUUCCCACCAGCAUGCACCUGCUGGAGGGCGGGGCCGGCUUCCUGUCCGCCCUGCUCAGGGACCAGGCUGCGCCUGCAGGUCACGUCGCCCAGUUGAAGAUCGCGCAGCGCCUGCGGCUGGACCAGCCCAAGUUGGACGAAGUGACGCGGCGGAUGAAGCAGGGUGGGGCAGAGGGCUACGCGGUGCUGCUGGCGGUGCAGGGGCCCCUGGACCGGGGCGCGGCCCCGCCCGAACCCGGCCUGCAGACGCGCCUUCUGCGCAACCUGGUCACCUACCUCAGGAACAAGCAGGCGGCGGGCGUCAUCGGGCUGCCUGCCGGAGGCGCCAGGGAGCGGGAGGUGGGGGGGAUGCUCUACGCCUUCCCGCCCUGCGAAUUCUCCCAGCAGUACCUCCAGACUGCUCUCAGCGCCCUCGGCAAGGUGGAGGAGGAGCACCUUGUAGUCAUAAUAGUCAAAGAUUCAGUUUAA